UGUCACUGCGUUCCUCCAGCAGCGAGGACUUAUUCUUUUCCCCCUAACUUUUUCAUAAGAGCAGAAAAUGUCAAGCGGAGUACGGCUGCUACUCGCCUUCCUGCUGGGAUGCUGCCGACUGUCGUCUGCCUUCAACCUGGACACCGAGGACGUCCUGCGCAAGAACGGAGAGCCGAACAGUCUCUUUGGCUUUUCCAUGGCCAUGCAUCGGCAGCUCCAACCUGUGGAUAAGAGAAUGCUAUUGGUGGGGGCCCCGAGAGCCAAAGGCUACAGCAGUCAAACGGCCAAAGUGACGGGCGGUCUAUACAGCUGUGACAUGAGCUCACCCGCCGCAGGCUGUGUGCGAGUCAACUUUGAUGAAGAUGAGGACACCAACAGCGAAAGCAAAGAGAACCAGUGGAUGGGAGUGACUGUCAACAGUCAGGGGCCAGGAGGCAAGAUUUUGACGUGCGCUCACCGAUACCAACGCAGGACCAACGUGAGGACCCCCAUCGAAUCCCGCGACAUCAUCGGCCGCUGCUAUGUGCUGAGCCAGGAUUUGCAAAUCGACCCUUCAUCCGAGGAGGAUGGCGGAAGCUGGCAUUUCUGCAACAACAGGCCGCGAGGUCACGAGCUGUUCGGCUCCUGCCAGCAGGGCCUCUCGGCCACAUUUGACAAGGACUACCAUUACCUCAUCUUUGGAGCUCCUGGAGCAUACAACUGGAAAGGUGUUGUACGUCUGGAACAAAAGAACUUCACACUUAUAGAGUUGGGCAUUUACGAUGACGGCCCUUUCGAGGCAGGGGAUGACAAGGAAAUGAACCCCGAACUCGUCCCCGCUCCUGCCAGCAGCUACCUCGGUUUUUCUCUGGAUUCCAGCAAAAGUCUGACCAAGAAAGGCCAGCUGACAGUAGUGGCAGGAGCGCCCAGGGCCAACCACAGCGGCGCCGUGGUGCUGCUCAAGAAAGGUCCCGAGGACACCAACAUCUUGCUGCAAGAGUACACGCUGGAAGGGGAGGGGCUGGCCUCGUCUUUCGGCUACGACUUGGCCGUGCUGGACCUCAACGGGGAUGGCUGGGAUGACAUAGUAGUGGGAGCGCCUCAGUACUUUGAGAAGGACGGCGAAAUCGGAGGAGCCACAUACGUCUUUGUAAACAAAGGCGGCAAAUGGGAUAAGGUCACCCCCACAAGAAUAGAUGGAGCUCAGGACUCCAUGUUUGGCCUGGCUGUGGAGAAUCUGGGAGACAUCAACCAGGAUGGUUACCAAGAUUUUGCAGUAGGAGCCCCUUAUGAUGAUGACAAAUCAGGAAAUGUCUACAUCUAUCAUGGAUCAGACAAAGGACUUGAAUCCACCAAAGCUGCACAGAUUUUGUCCGGCAAGCCUUCAGGAGUAACUUUGUUCGGAUACUCUUUGGCGGGCAACAUGGAUCUGGACAAGAACUCCUACCCUGACCUGGCUGUUGGUUCUCUCUCCGAUGCCGUCUUUGUCUACAGAGCCAGUCCAGUCAUUGCCAUCAAAAAGGAAGUAAGCUUCACGCCAAAGGAAAUUGACCUGACAAAGAAGAACUGCGGGAAUAACUUCUGCAUGAACGUUGAAGCUUGCUUCACCUACACUGCCAACCCAACGAGCUAUUCUCCCAGACUAACUGUGGCAUACACCAUGAAAGUUGACGCUGACCAAAGGAAGAAGAAUCUCAUCCCCAGGGCCGCCUUCACUCAGCAGUCAGGGUCUGAAAGCAGCUACGAGUCCAAAGGCACUGUCGUCCUGGACACCAAAGGAAGGAAACAGUGCAUCACACGCCAGCUGGCGAUACAGGACAAUAUUCGAGACAAACUUCGAGGUGUUCCCAUCGACGUGGACGUGGAGAUCCAGAAUGCCAAACGCAAACGUAGACAGAACUCAGAUGAAGUGCCACCCGUGCUGGACGCUAAAGAUAAAAUACCAACACGUGGAGAGGUGCAAUUUGUCAAAGAGGGCUGCGGCAGUGACAAUAUUUGCCAUAGUAACUUAAAAGUGGCGCAUCGUUACGGCUACAGGACAACCGAUGACGACACUUUCAAGCCAUUACCAUUGGAGAACGGCCUUCCGGUGAUCUCGAUGAGCAAACAGAAGGACAUUGCCUUGGAGGUCAAGGUGACCAAUCAGAACGGAGAUGACGCACACGAGGCAUCGGUGGUUGCUUCCCUGCCGCAGGCCCUCACAUACUCGACGUUCCGUGGCCCGCCUAAUGCUGUGAAUUGCAUGGCCAAUAAGAACGGCUCGAUCGCGACGUGUGAACUUGGAAAUCCAUUUAAACGGGAUUCAGAGACGACCUUCUACAUUAUUCUGGGAACAGCAGGCAUCUCGCUGAACACCACUGAGUUUGAGAUUGAUCUUCAACCUAAAACAACCAGUGAGCAGGCCACACUAGCCGCUGUUAAAGCCAAAGCAAAUGUGGCCAUCACAUUGCAGCUGACUAUAACAGGGCAAGCUCAGCCCUCACAGGUGCAAUAUUCAGGAAAGAUCAAAGAUCACAACGCCAUGAAGACGGAAAGUGACAUGGGAAUUCCCCUUACACAUCAAAUCAGAAUUAUUAACAUCGGGAGGCGCUUGAGUGACGUGGGCACGGCCUCCCUGCACAUUGAGUGGCCCAAAACCACCGAGCAGAACAAGUUGCUGCUCUACCUGACCAAAAUAAGCGCCACGGGUGUGGAUCAACUUGAGUGUACGCCCAAAGCGGAGAUCAAUCCUCUUAAAAAGGAAGUCAAGAGGAUGAAAAGAGCCACCGAAAAGUACGAGGAAAGUGAUGAAGGAAUUAUUUCGCGUUUGGUGGACAAGAGGAAAUCAAAGAUUUUGUCAUGUGACGACGGGGCCAAGUGUGUGAAGAUCAAGUGUCCCCUGCGAGGACUGGACAGUAACAUAGUCGUCACACUUCACUCGCGCCUUUGGAACAGCACGUUGUUAGCGGACUACAACAAGUUGCAUCACGUGGAGGUGAUCGUCAAGGCAGUUCUGCAUGUUGAAAGUACAAGAAAGAACAUGGUACUGCAGAAUGCAGAAACACAGAUGAGAGUGACGGCGUUCCCCGAGAGGCAUGAAGCACGAUCUGGAGGCGUUCCAUGGUGGAUCAUUUUCUUGUCUGUUCUUCUGGCCUUGCUCUUGCUGGCACUUUUGAUUUUCCUUCUCUGGAAGUGCGGCUUCUUCAAGCGGACCAAACACCAAGACGCGGUUCCCAGUUACAACGCGGUACGGAUCAAACGCGAGGACCGAGCUGACAAAAACCUGCAAAAGAAAUCCUGGGUGACAAACUGGCAUCACGACCAACAUUAUUCUUAACUCAUCAUCUGCCAUUGACAGCGCUAGACAUCCAAUCCAUUUGAAGUGGGAGGUUGACCUCCCACUUCAUAUAGAUUGGAUACUUGCGAUAAAUUUACGGUAGGAUAAUUGACGCCACGAUUGCACGGCUAUCGUCAAUGGCACUGGGAGUUUGGACUGUAAAUACCGAAACAAGAAUUUACAAAGUAGCCUUUUGGUCUGUAGGUACAAACAUUUUUUUGAACAUCAAAUUUUGGAACUUAUUUUGUACAUUUUUUUUGUGUCGGGUGGGAGGGAGAGGCUCAGAGUAUGUAUUUUUUAACUGUAUUUAUUUACCUGGGGUACUUUGUUACACGCUACGCAGACCAAAGUCAUGUAAUGCUAACUAGAGGUCGACCGAUAUCUAACAAUAUCCAAAGCCGAUUUUGUAAGCAGAUAUUUUUUUCUAAAGCAUGAAAGGCAAUUAAAAAAAAUUUUUUUUUUACAAAUUUACAAUGACCUGAGACAAAGGUUUAAUUCGGUCUAGUGCUACCAAACGAACGAACGCAGCGCUUUUUAUGAUUAUACACUUUGCAAGAACAGUACAUUUUCAAAUAAUUAACCCACCAGGACAUCACGAGGAGAUGUAAACAAGUGAGAGUGCGUUUAAGAGGAUGCUUGCCAUGCUAAAGCUAAUGCUAACGCUAAGGGUUAAAUUUAAAGUGUAAAGGCCGAUUUAUGCCUCUGCGUAGCGGUGAUGGCAGACCUAUGCUGUAGCCCGACGUGCGCGUUCAAAAUAUCCUGACUACUCGUCACGUCAACACACGCGUGAUGAAUGGCGAAGGACUGAUUGGUCCACUCAAGAAUUUUUCCGGUUCAGCACAAGAACACCGCCGUUUUCAAACAUUUGCAAACGUCUUUUGUGUUGCCUACGCUUCAACAUUUGUUGUUCAAUAGUGAUUAGCUGCAAAUACACACUUUCCAUCUCCGUUGCCAUUGUUGUCAAUGAUCAAAAUCUUUUUUUAAUCGGCUUAUUUUUUUGUUAAUCAGCGAUGUUGGGGGGAAAAGUCUGUAUAUCGGUCAACCUCUAAUGCUAACACAUGUGACGUUUUGAAUAAUUUUUUUCCCCAGUGAUGCAUCUGCCUUAAUUUCAAUGAAUCUCCACACGUUGUGGAAUGACUACAAUGUAUAAAAGUGAAAUUUGGCCAAUUCACUGUAAAGAAUAAACUGAAAUGUUGCCAUAUUGGCGUGUGUCACAAUUUCCAAACUACAAGAUGUUUAACAAAAACUUUUAUUAAGAAAACGGAUAUUUAAAAUCAUACAAUUUAAAAGUUAAAAAAAAAAAAAAAAAACAUAAGUGCUGUCAAUAAGAUUUCAGGUUCUAUCAAAAACUUUUCUGAUAGUGCUGACGCAAAUACAUGCUGGUGUGGUCAUUCUAGAGGAGCGACUCGGAUCUGGGCUUUCUGCCGAUCCGUCGAGUCCCGGCGGUUGCACCUUCGCUCUCGGAAAUCUUGUCUUUUCGUUUGGACUCCCCCCUGCGUUUUUUCUCCCUUCCUCGCUCUUCUUUUUCCUCAGUUUUCUU